GUUGAAGAAGAUCAGAUUUGGGCUAUUUUCUUGGGCUUCACACUAUUCUGUUUUCAAGGCAGAUUGCACAGGCCUAAUCCAAAGCAAUUUUUUUUUUGGGCGCCAUUCUCUCUCUUCACAUAUUCUAAUUUGAAGCCCAGACCUGCGGCCCAAAUCAAAUAUGUGUCACAGAUCCAAGCUUCGCCCCAGAUCCAGACUCGGUCUGACCUUGUCUGAAUUUUUUUUUUAAAUAAAAGGUUUCCUUGUUAUGGCUGAAAAGGCAACCAAGGUGGAAAAAUAUGAUCACUUAUGCCUCCAACAAUCAGAUCACGUUGGACUAAUUUUAGUUUCUCCACCGCUCAUGGAGGACAAUUAUUCCACAUGGAGUCGUGCGAUGAUUCUUGCACUUCAAGCGAAGAACAAAAUCUGGUUCAUUGAUGGCAUGCUGCCCUCACCAUCUUCCAAAUCCUCGAAAUACUCACAAUGGAGACAAUGCAAUGUAAUGGACCUAUGCUUGAUGAAGAUGAUUGAGAUGGGAACUGAGCGGGACGACUUAUACCACUUCACCAACACCAAGAAUGCUUGUUGUCAAGUGGCUACAUUGGCAUCUACUUCCCAACUUUGGCACCGUCAUUUUGGUCAUUUGUCAAAUAAAAAUCUGUCUUUUCUUUCCAAUAAAUUCCCAGAAAUUUGUAGUUCCAAUUCAGAUUCAUGUUUAAUUUGUCCAUUAGCUAAACAGACUCGUGCACCUUUUGGUCAUCUUUUAGCAUUAUUAUUAUGUGUUAAGAGUUUUGUUAGUAGUAAGUGUGAGUUAGUAAAGUAAGGGUAUUAUGGUCAUUUCUAUUGUAUUUUACAUAUAUUAUAAAUAGAGGGAGAGACCUAUCAUUGAGUU